AGGCAUGUUAGAGCUGAGUCCUCUGUUAGCUUCUUCAAGCCUCAGAGUCACACAGGAAGCAACACCGUACUCUGACAAAUGCAAAUAUGGAAUGAACUGAUAAAAUAACAUAAACAAGACAUCAUCAACAAGCAAGUGAAGAAAGAACUGCUCACCAUGGAGCCAACGGACAGACCGAUACCUCGAUGGAGUGUGGGCUCCGGCUCUGGACUACCUUAUGGCUCUUUUAUGAACAGCCUUUCAUCACUUACACCAAAGGCAGAGGAAAAGGAGAAACCAGCCAUAUCACAGAGAAGCGCCUACAUAGCUGUAGCUGUGCUUUGCUACGUCAACUUGCUCAACUACGUAGAACGGUACACAAUAGCAGGUAUCCUACCCAACAUUCAGAGGUUCUUUAAUAUACGUGACAGUACAGCUGCACUUAUACAAACAGUUUUCAUCUGCAGUUUCUUGCUUUUGGCCCCUCUCUUUGGUUACCUCGGGGACCGCUACAACCGGAAAUACAUCAUGAUUGGUGGUUUGAGUGUGUGGCUUGUGAUGGCAGCCGCCAGCUCUUUUGUGACUCAGUCAUACUUCUGGCUUCUGGUGCUGUUGCGAGCCAUGGUGGGGAUAGGGGAGGCCAGCUACUCUACCAUUGCUCCUACCAUCAUUGGUGACCUCUUUGUUGGGACUCAACGGAGCAUGAUGAUCUGCAUCUUCUACCUCUUUAUCCCUGUCGGAAGUGGUCUUGGAUACAUAACAGGGGCAGGGAUUACUGCUCUUACAGGAAACUGGCAAUGGGCUCUCAGGAUCACUCCUAUCUUGGGUGUGGUGGGACUUGUCUUGCUGUUUUUCUUAUGCCCUAAUCCACCCAGAGGAGCAGCAGAAACCCAGGGAGAGGGAGUUACAGGGCAAAGCUCUUACCUGGAGGACGUCAAGUAUCUUUUGAAAAAUAAAAGCUAUGUGUGGUCAUCAUUGGGAGUGACGGCUACGGCCUUCCUCACCGGAGCCCUGGCUUUCUGGGUGCCAACUUUUCUGUCCAGAGCUCAGGUCAGCCAAGGACUGCGACCAGCGUGUGUCGAAGAGCCCUGCGACUCCACAGACAGUUAUAUCUUCGGUGCUGUGACGGUGGUGACGGGCGUUCUGGGAGGAUGUCUUGGCAGUGGUUUAUCUAGAUGGUUAAGGGUAAAGGUCCCAAAUGUGGACCCACUCAUCUGCGCAGUAGGCCUGCUGGGAUCGGCUCCCUGCCUCUUUAUCAGCAUCUUUGUGGCAUCUGAAAGCAUUCCUGCCACUUAUGUAUUCAUUUUCUUUGGUGAAAUAUUGAUAUCACUGAACUGGGCUGUCAUGGCUGAUAUACUGCUGUAUGUUGUCAUACCAACCAGAAGGUCCACAGCUGAGGCUCUCCAGAUUUCAGUCGGUCAUCUCCUGGGUGAUGCUGGGAGUCCUUACCUAGUAGGACUGAUCUCUGACAGUAUUGGCAAAUCGAAUCCUGCAUCUCUCAAUUGGAGCUUCUACAGUCUGAAGUACAGCCUCCUGAUCUGCCCGUUUGUUGGGAUUGUGGGUGGACUGUUUUUCCUCAUGACCUCCCGCUACAUUUCUGAAGACAGGAAGGCAGCUGAACAAUUGGUUGAAGGAUAUCCCCCACCACAGCAGGAUCCUGCAGCUGAGCCCCCAAUUGAACUAAGCAACGGGGACAAAAGUAACAAUGAAGUUAAUGAAUCUGUAAACAUUUGAAGUUAGGU